AUGGCAGAGCUGGAAGCACAAAUUCAAUCUGCAGGACCAGCCAAGGAUACAGUUGCGAAGGUGGCUGAAGAAUUCCGGACGUUUCGGGAGCUGGUGUUCGCUAUGCUGGGCAUGAUUCGUAAGCAGAUAAAUGAGUGUUCCCAUAUGAUUGACGUUAUAGAAACCAAGCAUCGUCAGAAGGCUUUAAUAUUCUUGGGCGCUCCUGAAGCUGAUAAAGAGAACUGCAAGACCACUGUUCUGGAUAUUAUGCAUAAGAUGGGGCUUACCGAAAUCACGGAAUCUUGCAUUGCAGUUUCUCAUAGGCUAGGAGUAGCCAGCAAAAACCAUCGGCCAAUCUUAGUUCGUUUCGUGCGAGUUGAAACCCGAUCAUUGGUUUGGAGAGCUAAGGCCAAGCUUAAAGGUUCUUCUGUUUCCAUAAAAGAAUUUUUGACAAAGUCACGACAAGCUGUGUUUGGGAAAGCCCGGCUACAUUUUGGUAUGCGGGCUUGUUGGACUCAGGAUGGAGUUAUUGUGGUGAAAGCUGCUGAUGGAUCCCGCCAUAAAAUCGUAACCAUGGAUGAGUUGAGCCCUCUAAUGGCAAAAUUUCCAAACAAAACUGUUAAAAACUCUGCUGAGAACAUGAGCCCGUCUGGGGACGCCGGAUCUUCGAGUUCGAGCACCAAAACACGUAAA